AUGGGACUGCAGUCGCGGCGGGGAUCAAUGUUUCAACGAAUGCAAGAGUCGUUACGGUGGACAAGGAUUGUGUGA